CCUCAAGUUUCCUUCCUUGCCGAGCUACCAUCGCCACUAGCCUUCGUCGAAUCCAUUCGUCAACAACACCGAACACCAAAAAGACAAGCUACAAUGCCUCCCAAGAAGAAGGCCGCUUCCGCCGACGAGGCCCCUGUCCUGAGCCUCAACGAGAACGAGACCGUUUUCGUCAAAGCCAUAUUCGACAGUAUGAAUUCGCGUCCUGAUGUCGACUUCGACAAAGUCGCCGCCAUCACGGGCCUUGCCAACGGCAAGUCGGCCAGGGACAAGUUCCGAGUCAUCUCCAAGAAGCAUGGCUGGUCUUCCACUGAUGGCUCCGGCGGCGGGGCCUCCAGCCCGUCCAAGGGCCCCCUCAGUGCCAAUACCGCGGCCAAAGUCAAGAAGACCCCCAUCAAGAAGAAGGGAACCGCGCAGCGCAAGAAGAAGGCCAAGGCCGAGGAGCCUGAGGAAAGCGAUGCUGACGAGGAUAUCUCGGCCAAGCUCGAGUCCGACUCGGAUGGCCAGAAGGCCGCCAAGGACGAGCUUGUGAACGGGUCCAGCGAUAGCGACUAAAUUCUUUUCUUUCCAAUACUUGAUCCCUAUCAGAGGUGGCAUUGAGACCACAUGGGGCCUGGAGAUUGUGGGCAAGCGAUACAGAGAUCUGGAUAGAGAGCAAGGUUGGAGUGGUAAUGACUCUACCGGUGGGGAUGGCAGACCAGGAUAGACAAUCCCCA